UCGGACUGAAGAGGAAACGGCCUGAAGGGAAAAAGCUGAACCCGCACUGUGACUCCCGAUGUACAGUCCUUAAAUUAACCUUUUUAUAUAUUUUAUUUCUUCCGCGAAGAAACCUCACGUUUUUCUAUUUUUCGAAAAGUAACGCAUCUACCUCCAUUUGAAAGGAUUUUAAUCUCGAUUUGAAGCGUUUACAUCUCCUCUCUCUCUGCUCGCAGGGCUCGUUUUGUACUUUUUGCACUUGCUGACACGAUCCUGACCUUGAGCGAUGUCCAGCCCGUGUCUGCUGGCCCUCAGAUGAUCCAUGACCACACCUUAUUGAUGCACUUUAGCACCUUUCCGGAGCCUUCACACAGCCGUGAACCCCGCUGCUGAUGACCAAAGUGCGCGCCACGCUUCCCCGCCGUCGCCCCGAGCCACGCGCCUCCCCCAGGUCCUCCGUCAGUCUCAGGCCCCCGCAGGACGUCCAGGGAUGUUCCAGAGGUUCGCCAGCGCUCUGUUCGGGGACGAUGUGGAGGAGCUGAGUCUGAGCGGAACUGGAGACGGCAAGCAGGAAGAGGAGGAGGACGAAGACUGGAUCCUGGUCAACUACCUGGCUGAAGCCUGCUCCGGUCAGUGUAGUGAUGGCCUCUCUGGAUCCACUGUUGGUCCUGAAGAGGAGGAGGAGGAGGAGGAGGAGGAAGAGGAGGAGGAGGAAGAAGACCUAGUGAUGAUCCCUUCCCCCAUGGGCAGCCCCCAAAUCCGCUACGCCUCCUGCACCUCCCUCAACUCCACGGCUGACACCGACCCAGACGGCGGGGCAGAGGAGGAGGAGGACGAUGACAAUGAGGACGAAGAGGAGAGCGGGUUCCUUCGCCUGGACGCCCGAUCUCUGGAGGAGAGCUGGUUCGUUACCCCGCCACCCUGCUUCACCGGCCGCGGCAGCCAGCCCGUCCUCCUGGAGACCAGCCCUCUGGAGAACCUGCUGAUCGAGCACCCCAGCAUGUCCGUCUACGCCCACCACAGCCCCCCGCGACUGACCCUCGACCCCCUGCCGCGCUCCCUCGACAGGGAACUGGGCCUGUUGCCUGGAAAUAUGGCCACCGCCCCGACAGCCUCAGGUGGGAAGGAGAAGGGCAGGCGGACUCUGGACGGCCCUCGUCACAGGCCGGAGGUGGCGGCCGUUCAGCGUCGCUCCAGCCUCCAGUACGCUGCGGCGCUCUCCGCCCGUGCUGGCCUCCUGCAGCAGCGGUCGGGUAACAUCACCCAGUGCACCCAACCGCUGUCCCGCAACGCCCUGCGUCGCCUCAACAUGCUGCGCCCCCCGAAGGCCAGCACCACGCACCUGCACCAGCCCAGCCAGAGACAACUCAACUUCUGAGGCGUCCUGACAUCAUCAUCAUCAUCAUCAUCAUCAUCAUCAUCAUCAACCUCGAUCCUUUAAGCAGUAUGGGAAAAUAACGCUGGCCACACUCACACCUCCGUUUUCAAAUCAACACCAGCAACAAGUCAGUCGACAUCAUCAGUUAUAACCCGAUCUGUUCUGAAAUCAGAUUGGAUGUUUUUUUUAUUUUAUCAGCUCAUGUGGCCAGUGGGUGUUUCUCUCCUUCCCUCUUCAUCCUCCUCCUCCAUCCGUCCGUCCUCCUUUAUAUUUCUGCUUAGAAGAAGGGAUGUAAAAAAAGAAAAAGGUCAUCCCGUGUCCCAAACCCUCUCCUCCUCCUCCUCCUCCUCCUCCUGUCGUCCAUGUUUUAUUCUCCCUCCACUGGACCAGUUUGUGUCCAAUCACAGAGAAGAAGAGUUCUCAUUAUGACGUCCUCUUCUCUUUUUUUUCUUCUUCUUCUUCUUCUUCUUCUUCUUCGUCAUGGACUACUUAAAGUGUAGAAUCAAUGCUGUAGGUCACUUUACUCAGGGGCAGGUUCACAGAGCGGCAGGAUGCUAUACGAAGACGUCACGGCAGGGUCGUGGCAACUUUUUCGGACCCCCAAAAUCACUUGAACGUGCAGCAGCACAACAGUGCCAUUUAAUCAGUGCAGGAGUGUUGUGGUAGUUGCCCCACAGUGUUGCCCCCCAGAAAGUUGCCAGACGCAGUGCAGGAAAGUUAUGAAACAGAGAGACAAAACUUUAAAGGACAAAUCCCCUUAAAGCAAUCUGUUAUGAGUUUUUAACUAUCUUACCGUGUCUAUUUUUAGGAUCCAGUGUUUUCUUGGAGUUUGACCCAUAGAAGUGACUUUAAGGUCGGCUUUGCAGCUUCGAUAUCAGCCGUUCUCUUUUCAGUCUGUCUGUCUAGUGCAAUACUGACUCAGUGUAGUACUUUAAAUACAGCGGGACAUUUACUCCAAAUACACUUUUUGGUUAAACAGGUGUGAACAUUCUGCGCUCAAGACAUUUUUCUGUGAAACUGGAGGGCGUAGUAACCGAAAACCAAGAGACAGAACAGAGAGUCACUUCUGACUGAAACCUAAACCUGUGCUGUAGCUGCUUUGCCUUUUUAGUCUUAUUUUCUGCUCUUGUAGGUGAAGACAUUUUUAGUUUCUGGUGUUUCCUUUGCGAUUGUUGACUGCAGUCCUGCAAAGAAGUCCUCGCUCCCUAAUUCUGAGGGAACUGUUUGGCCGGACACAUCACCACUUACCAGUGUUUGAGCGUUAUUAUGGGGAUUUUUGCUUUACUUUUCCUGCCUUGAAGUUUGAGCUUGUCUCUCUGUUAAGUCCUGCAUUGCCGCCGCUUGUUGUUGUUGAAUGCGACGGUUCCUCUCCGCUCGUCCUGCUGCGUCAGCUGAACCUGCUUCUGACUCUGUAAUUCAGUACUUUUCACAAUAUUUUUUUGAAAAAGUAAAAUAAAAUAAAAAGUAAUUAAAAAAAAGAUGGUAAAGAUUACUGGGUUGAAUAUCACUAAACGCCUUGUUUUAACGGUAGCUUUGAGAUGAAUAGAAAUGUAAAGAAAAAAACACAAAUGUAUUUUAAAAAAAAACUUCCAAAAUAUUUUUUUGAAAAGAAAAAAACAAAUUACAUAUCAGUAUGAAGUUGGUAUAUAUGCGUCUGUUUUAUUCUUAGGUAUGUUUGGUUAUGUUAGUGUGCAAUCUGUUGCAUGGUUGUAGAGUUGUUAGUGUGAGGGGGGGAAAAAAAAGAAAAUGGAAAAAGAUUUUGUUUUUUAUUUUUAAUAUUAUAUAUUUUUGUUUUGUUCUUAAAAUGAAUCUGCAGUCCACUUCUCAGGGUCACAACCAAUCACCUUUUACUCUUUUAAGGAAAAUGGAGAUUUACUUGACGGCUGAUGAUUCUUUUAUGCGUUUCCAGCUCUGCUCCAGCGAGCUUUCCCUCGUGCAAAUGUUUGAGAGAAAUAAUCGACUUUUAGUUUAGUGUAUCUUGCUCCCAGGACUGUGAAAAUUUACUUUGUCUCAGUCAACUGUUGGAAAUCCAUCAAGAAUGGAGAGAAACUGUUUUGUUUUUUCUCCGAUGUUUAUAUUCUUUGCUCAAGCGUAUCUAACAUGGUUUUAGAAAUGUACUUUAUGCUUUUUAACUACUCUAUUUUCCAUGUGAACGUAGUUACAUUUUGAAAAACUGUUAAAAUAUUUAUACCAAAAAAGUAGCAAUGAUGUUUUAACCUGUCACAAUAAUACUGAUGUCCUUUUUAUUUGUUGUUGUUGUUGUUGUUUAACUUUUAAGUGUUUGGUAACAGUCCUUGGCCUCGGUGCUCUGAUACAGCGGACUGUCUCAUGUUUAAUGCGUCCGCUGUAGGGAAAGAGAGGCCCCCGGGGCCGAGUCACCACACUGCAGGCGAAGAGAAACUUACCGUCUCAGAGAGCGGCUGAAUCCUGUAGAAGUCCUUUUCAGCCAGGAAAAGAAAAUAAUAUAUGAAAUGUUAGGAAUGACUAAAAUAAAAACGUGCACCUUGAGUCAAAAUUAGGAGAGUAAAACUUCAAAUUAAAAGCAUAGUCUCAAUUAGAAGCCUGGUCAGGUUUUUAUAGACAUUCUCUUGAUGUAUAAAACAGGUCGCCCUCUUCAGCCAAGUCCAAGCUGCUUAGAUCUUGCAUACCAAUAUAAAUGUUUAAUAUUUCUUAAUAUGGAUAUGCUAUCAGCUAGAUUCUGCACAAUUCAAUGGUUUUGUUCAUUUUAUGGAAACGAGCACCAAAGUUUAAUUCUUUCAGAUUUUACUGGAAUGGUAAAGGAAUUAAAGGCCUGUCCCAAAUAUAGGCAGGGUGAGUUCAGUGAUUUAAGCAAAUAAAAGCAUACAGGCUAUUAAUUGAAGUUUAUUAAGUUAAGUAUUAAGUUAAAAGUAUCACUUUAAAACUCUUAGCACAGUUAGUAAAGUUCUUAAGGGUAAUAAGUCAAACUUGAGAUUGCAUAUCAUAAUUUUUGACUUAAGGGGAGUAUUAGAAUUUUUUUUUUAAAUCAUUGCUAACUUUCACCAUUUUUUCUUUUCUUGGCAAAAAUGGGCUUCCAUUCUUAAUCAUUAUUAUUUUUGUCCUUUUUUUUGUUCUUAAGAUGUGUGGGGGAAAUUUGCCAGCGUGAAUUUACAAAUUUCUACUUUGUCAUUAAAAAAAAAUAAAAAGCUGUUGUGAAAGGCCAGACUUUCACGCUUUGUCGACUUAUUCUUCUAAACACUCUGAUCCAACCUCCAUUUCACGGUGAUUUCAGAGGCCAAAUCGAAUGUUAAAUACAUCAUAAACAGGAAAUCAUUUCAUCAGCCAUUUUGACAAAGUUCAGGGAGUGGAUUCUGUUUUAAAGAUACACGAAUACAAAAUAUAUACGUCUGCAGUAUAUAAACAUGUAAUGCAAAGACAGAAGGUUGUUUGCAGUGUGGUUCCUGAAUCUCCAGUCAAAUCUGGCUUCAGUUUGUCUGUGUUCGUGUCGAUGGGACGGUAGCAUUAACAAACGUUUGUUAGGCGUCAGUACGGUUUUCUGUAAAUAAUCUUAUAGAAUAGUGGUGUGGCUCUCUCUGGUGUGUUUCAGCUAUUCUUUUAUUUCUCAAAUGUCUCUCUCUCUCUCUGCUUAAGAGCUUCGCAAUCGUGGACGAUGUUAUUUUGUGUUACCACGAUGUUUUUGUUGGUUUUUUAAAGGCGAACUUAAAGACAGAAGGGAUCGGAGGAGACGGGACGGUGAUGAUCUGUCUCCUCCUGCUGUCAGGAGCCUUUAUUUUUUUUAUGUUAUUAUUGUAUAGUUUCUGUCCUCAGUUCAUCUCUCCAUCAUCAAAGUAACAGGGAUUUGUAAUGUUUUUGUUCACUGCCUUGAAAUUUGUGGAUCACGUGCCUUCCAGGUUGAAAUGUUCUAAUGACAAUGCAUCAAUGAAGAACUUGAACUCCCUUUUUUCCCUUUUACGUCCUGUGUGGACUUAAUAAAUACAAAAAACACAAACAGACAUCAGAAACCAGCUAUGCACCACUCGGAGGAAGCUUAUUCGCUCUUGCCGCUGCCGCCCGCCUCCCAGCCCGUGUGCAGCUUUUAAUAGGACUCAACAAACCAGACAGAAUGAUGUAGCAAAACUUUGUUUUUUCUCCUUGUUUUUUUGUUUGUGUGAAGAAUAUUUUGUGGCAUUUUUAUUUUUCACCAAGUGUUAGACAUUUUCAUUUUUGUGUAGUUUACUGAAAUAAUACAGCACUUUGCCAAAAAGGAAAAAAAAGGUGUAGGAAUUUUUGGGUUUUUAUUUAUCAACAUAACUGGUCUCCUUUUUUUUGUAUUUUGGAUGUAUGACCGAUCAAUUCACUCUGUUCUGAUGUCAAAAAACAAACUUGCUAAUUAAAAUGUGGGGUCAUCUGUUUUCUGUAAUAGUUAAUACAUGUGAUCUCUUAUUAGCCUAUAAUAAAUGUUUUCAUACGCA